AUGAAAGACCUUCACUCUUUGCUGCCCCACUCGAUGGCUGCCACCAAUCUGAACUCCGCAUCUAUCUUUCUCCUUACAUUUGCAUUACUCUUCAUGGUCAUGGGACACGAAGCUUCGAAUUCCGGGCAAUACCCUGUGGUGGUGAGCACAUGGCCAUUCUUAGAGGCUGUCAGAGCAGCUUGGAGGGUUGUUGAUAAUGGGUUCUCUGCGGUGGAUGCCGUUGUUGAGGGUUGUUCAGCUUGCGAGGAACUGAGAUGUGAUGGUACAGUUGGGCCUGGUGGGAGUCCAGAUGAGAACGGAGAAACUACAAUCGAUGCUCUGGUCAUGGAUGGGGUGACAAUGGAGGUUGGAGCUGUUGCUGCCAUGAGGUAUAUAAAGGAUGGAAUCAAAGCUGCUAGGUUAGUGAUGCAAUAUACCGAACACACUUUGCUUGUCGGAGAGCAAGCCGCAGCUUUUGCUAUUUCUAUGGGUCUUCCAGGACCAACAAACCUUAGUUCAUCAGAGUCUAUGGAUAAGUGGACCAAAUGGAAAGUAAACCACUGCCAGCCUAAUUUUUGGAAAGAUGUUGUACCUGUAGAUAGGUGUGGCCCUUAUCAUGCAAAGGACUUCCUGGGCUCUUCUCAUGGGACAUGUUCCAAAACCACUCUGAUGGAAAAUAUUAAAUCAAGAUCAUCUCAUGUUGGUCGUCACAACCAUGACACCAUAUCAAUGGCAGUUUUUGAUAAAAUGGGGAACAUCGCUGUUGGUACCUCAACAAAUGGAGCCACAUUUAAGAUCCCAGGGAGGGUGGGUGAUGGACCAAUUGCAGGAUCUUCUGCAUAUGCUGAUGACGAAGUUGGUGCUUGUGGUGCAACUGGAGAUGGUGACAUCAUGAUGCGUUUCCUUCCAUGUUAUCAAGUUGUGGAGAGUAUGAGAUUGGGGAUGGAACCUAAUCUUGCCGCAAAGGAUGCAAUAUCACGAAUUGCGAGAAAAUUCCCUGAUUUUGUAGGAGCUGUGUUUGCCAUCAAUAAGAAGGGCGUGCAUGCUGGUGCUUGCCAUGGAUGGACGUUUCAGUACUCAGUAAGAAGCCCGGAAAUGGAUGAUGUAAAGGUUUACACCGUGGUGCCCUGA